CUGUUGCAAUGUUGACAGUUGUAGUUAAAUUCAGAUUUAAACAUUAAAAAUUGCUUAUUCCGGUAUUUACUUAAAAUUAUAUUAAUACGUAGUGAUUAACAAUUGUAAUCUUAGUAUAAGAGAAUAAAAUCGAAUUCUGUACCUAUGACAUAAGUAAUAAAACGUAAAAGAUAACAGAUGGAAGAUGAACUAAAUUCCUCUGAACUAGGUUCACAAACCUACUGGCAAGACACAUAUGUAAAGGAGCUAGAUAACUAUGAACAGAGUGGAGACAUUGGUGAUGUUUGGUUUGGAGAAGACAGUGCUUUGCGGGUCAUUAAAUGGAUUUGUGGCUGUGGUUUGGAAAAGGACUCGCCUAUUAUCGAUUUAGGUUGUGGAAAUGGGUUUACAUUAUCAUCACUAGCUGAUGAGGGCUUUUCAAACUUGUUAGGUGUAGAUUACUGUGAGGAAGCUAUAGCUCUGGCGGAGAAAGUUAAUAAAGAAUAUACAAUAUUGAAAUUUAAGAUUUUUGACAUAAUCAAUGAUGAUGCCGCUUUACUUGGUAAAUUUGGUGUAGUACAUGAUAAAGGGACAUAUGAUGCUAUAUGUUUGAAUCCAAAUGUAAAGGAAUACAGACCAAAAUAUAUACAACAAGUCGUUGACAUGUUAAACGAUAAUGGUUUGUUCGUGAUAACAUCGUGCAAUUGGACUGAAUCGGAAUUAAUAAAGCAAUUUAGUGAGAAAUUGAAAUUGAAAUGUGUGAUACCAACACCGCAAUUUAAAUUUGGCGGGAAAGUUGGAAGUGUUGUUUCAUCUGUGGUGUUUGAAAAAAUAAUAAAGACUUAAAUUUAA